CGCGGCUGUGGAGGAGGGCGGACAACAUCGCUGUCUCAGGUGGGUGGCGGCGCCGGCGCCGGCGGCCCCCCAGAACAUUCCAGAAAUGUCAUCCAGAAGCCCCAAAGAUUUCGUUAAAAAUAAAUGGGGAUUAAAAACCAGCAGCUCCAAAUCUGAAACUGAAUUAGAAAAAUUUAAGAGAGAAAAUGCAGCCCUUAAAAAGUCUGUGGAAGAAAUUGCAAAUGGAAAAGGAAAGCUGGCAGAAAAAGAAAGACAUAGACUUCUGGAGAUAAUACUUGCCCUUGAAACUGAAAAGGAGAAGACUAAUUUUCAUCUGGCAGAGAAGGACAAAGAAAUACAGCGAUUAAAAGACCAGCUGAAAUCCAGAAAUAGCACCAGUUCCUUACUGAAUCAAUUAGAAGAAAAAACAAAAGAGUCAGAGAGGAGAGAACAACUCUUAAAGUCUUUAUCAGAAGAGACUGACAUUCUGAAAAAGCAGUUAUCUACAGCAACCACAAGACUGUCAGAACUUGAAAACAAAGCCAGUACACUUCAUUUAUCACAGAACAUGGCUACAAGUUUCAUUGAAUCACCUGUGGUUAAUGUUCAUGCAGUGGAAAUACAGCUGAAAGACGCUCUGGAGAAAAAUCAACAGUGGCUCGUAUACGAUCAGCAGAGAGAGGCUUAUGUGAGGGGACUUACGGCAAAAAUCUUUGAAUUGGAACAGCAGUCAGAAGCAGCUGCUCAUUCACUCCAACAGCAAGCCAAAAAAAGUGACUCAGAAGGCUAUCUUCAUGAAGAGAAGCAAAAAUAUUACAAUCAUCUCUUGAUGAAUGUCAAGAAGAAACUAGAGAUUGAGCAACAAACUGUAACGCACCUGAGUUUUGAACUUAAUGAAUUUCGAAGGAAAUAUGAAGAAGCCAAGAAAGAAGUUAUAGAUUUAAAUAGUCUCUUAUCUUCUCAAAGAGAGGCUGAUGUACAACAUCUGGAAGAUAACAAAUACAAAACAGAGAAAAUACUGAAGCUAAAGAAAGAGAAUGAAAUUUCCAGAGAGAAACUUGAAGAAGAAAAAAAAAGGUCUGAAGAACUUUUAUCUCAGGUCCAAUUUCUCUACACAUCUCUGCUAAAGCAACAGGAAGAACACACAAAGGUGGCUUUAUUGGAACAACAGAUCCAGGCUUGUACAUUAGAUUUUGAAAAUGAAAAACUUGAUCGGCAGAACAUGCAGCAUCAAUUGCAUAAGGUUCUUAAGGAGCUAAGAAGAGCAAGGGAACAAAUAACACGGUUGGAGCCUUUGAAACAACUCCAGGAUUAUGUCCGUAUAGAGCCGACUGACCUUUUCCAAGGAGAGCAUGAAGAUAAGUUAAAAACGGAUUCACCAAAGCGCUCCACUUUGUUAGAUGAGAGCUUCCUAGAGUGCCCCAAAUGUAAGGCGCAGUACCCAACAAGUCAGCACAGAGAAUUGUUAGCUCAUAUUGAUUUCUGUGAAAAUUAGCAAGGUGAUACUUAUAUUUAUGCUUCAAAAACCCAAUACUGUAUCUUACAUUAGCUUAUGGACACUUUGAACUACACAUUUCAUUUAAAGCUACAGAAGAAGCUGCCUGCCCCACCUGCUUUUCAGAUUCCAACUGAAGAGUCAAUC